AUGGAACUUGAUAUGAUACCCUAUACAUUAAGUAGUGUUUGCGAAUACAAAACUAGUGGCAAUAAUUCACUUGGUAAUAGCAACAAUAGAUUAAAUAAUAGUUUAUUUAGUAAUUCUGAAAUUAGACAUUCAGUAUCCACCCCUUCAACUCCAAUGACGCAUAGCGUAACAUUUAAUUUAUCUACACCUCCAUCUUUACCACUCCAACCAUUUAUAAAUAAUAAUAAUGAAUCAAAUUUAAAUAAUAGCAGUGGAAAUAAUAUUAAUAGUUUUAAUAAUAAUAAUAAUAAUAAUAAUAAUAAUAAUAAUAAUAAUAAUAAUAAUAAUAAUAAUAAUAAUACUAAUAAUAAUAAUAAUACUAAUAAUAUUGCAUCAUCACCUUCAGUUCAUAGUUUAAAUAAUAGCAAUAAUAGUAUAAAUAAUAAUGGUAGUUUUUUGAGUGUCAGCCCAAAUAGUAUACCAGGUUUAACACUUAGCAAAUGUUAUCAACAUUGUAAUACUAUAUUUAAGAAUAAUAAUAACAAUAGUAAUAAUAAAGACUAUAAUCCUUUAAAACAUUUAUAUGAGCCACCACUACAACAACAACAACAACAUCAUCAACAAACAACAACCAUAAAUUCUCAGUCAUUAUCACAAUCAACCCAACCAUCAAUUCAAUCACAACCAACACCACAAAUUAUAAUAAAUGGUGAAAAUAUAGAAAAUAAUAAUAAUAAUAAUAAUAAUAAUAAUAAUAAUAAUAAUAAUAAUAAUAAUAAUAAUAAUAAUAAUAAUAAUAAUAAUAAUAAUAAUAAUAAUAAUAAUAAUAAUAAUAAUAAUAAUACCAACAGUAGUAAUAAUAACAACAACAGCAACAACAAUAAUAAUAAUGAACAAAGUUCAAAUUCAACAAAUUUUGAUUUGGAUAAUCCAAUACAAAGAAAAAGAAGUACAUCAUUCUCAAUGAAGAAUUUAAAUAUUCUUUCACACCAAGUUGCUGGGCAAGCACCUUUAUUAAAAUUACCAGAUGGUAAAAUAUUGAAACCAUUGGUCCCACAAGAGUAUUAUUUCUACGAGUCGAUUAAAUAUCAUCAAGAAUUUAUCGGUUUCACACCAAAGUUUCAUGGUUUAUUGGAUUUAAAAAAUUAUGAUUUCAGAUAUUUAGAGGAAACCUUUAAAUCUCAACAUAGUUCUCAUUCAAUAGACUAUAAUCAUUGGAGAAAUAAAACUAUUAAUUUACCAAAAGAUUGGCAAAAUUUGUAUAUUAAAAUUGAAGAUUUAACCUAUUUAUGUAAAUAUCCUUGUAUAUUAGACCUUAAAAUGGGUGUAAGACAGCACGGAGUUGACGCACCAAUUGAGAAAAUAAAUAAAAUGCAAUUAAAAUGUAAACAAACUACUUCCUUUUCACUUGGUUUUAGAGUUUGUGGCUUAAAAGUAUAUGAUCAAAAACAAGCAACUUACAGUACAUAUGAUAAAUUUUAUGGAAGAAAGUUAAGAGAUAAUGAUAUACCAUCAGUAAUUUGUAAAUUUGUAGACAAUGGAUUAAGACAUAGAACUGAAAUAUUGAGUGGAAUAGCAAAGAGAUUAUAUCAAUUGAUAUCCUUAUUUGAAAGUCAACAAUGUUUUAAAUUCUAUGGUGGUUCACUUUUACUCAUUUAUGAUGCUCAAAGCACAAAUGUUCAAGAUGCAAAGAUUAAUAUUAAAAUGGUUGAUUUUGCUCAUGCCUCCCCAAAUCAUAAUCACCAUGAAAACAAUAACAAAAUUGAAACCGAUAGUGAUUUAGAUGAAGGUUAUUUAUUUGGUUUAAAAAACCUUUUGAAAAUUAUAAAUAACCUUGUUCAAAUUUCAAAUGUAAAUAUUGGAGAAACAAUUUAA